GUCUCUCUUCGGCGAUGGAUUUCCGUUUCGGAUUUCUUACGAUUUGCGUGAUCCUUGACAUAAGCUUUGUUUCUACUAUUGGCGAUACAAUAGGAACGUAUGCAGCACAACCUGUUACACCAGGACAUGUUGCACAACCACCUUAUAGACGACAGCCGCCGCUUUAUAAUCAUCAUGUUACAUACACACCGGAUUUUGUUUUUCCAACAGAGAAUCCUCCUAAAAUUGAACCUUUAAUAUUGGAAAAAUUGCAAGAAUUACCACCCUAUGUAAUCGAUACGAGUAAAAGGAAAUCAGAACAGAAAUGUGAGCACUAUGCGAGACAAGUUGAUUAUUGGACCGGGAUAAAGUGUACGGCCGGCACGCCAUUUAUAAGGAACAACAAUACUACACCUGUAUAUGGUAUCAUACUAGGUGUUGAGACUAAAGUUGAUGAAUUACCUCACAUGGUCGCUCUUGGCAGACACAACUCAGACAAAACGUUCACCUUGAUGUGCGGUGGCACAUUGAUCUCACAUAGCUGGGUACUGACCGCUGCGCAUUGCACACAUGGGCCAAAUGGCAGUCCGCGUCAUAUCCGAUUAGGCUUCCACAAAUUAACGGAUCAAAAUACCGGUGUCAUAGUCGACAUUAAGAAAAUGAUAAGACAUCCGGAUUAUAAGCCACCUGUAAUGUAUGCGGAUAUAGCUCUGAUAGAACUCGUGGACGCAGUUACGUUUACCACCUCAAUACGACCUGCGUGUCUCUUUCAACCGCAUUUUUACAACUUGCCACGAAGAAACUGGAUUAGUGGCUGGGGCGUCACCGAAUUCGCUGGAGAACGCAGUGAUCCACUGCUGAAAGCUGAGGUGGAUCUGAUAAACAAUUCGGAAUGCACUAAUGUUUACAGCAAUGUAAGAGAAGUUCCGCACGGCAUUGUGGAAAGCAUGCUCUGCGCCGGUGAUUCUCGUGGCAACUGGAGUAGAGAUACCUGCCAGGGCGAUUCAGGAGGUCCAUUACAAUCGCCCAAUCUUAUAUAUCCGUGUCUUUUCUAUGUGGUCGGUAUCACUAGCUUAGGUCUGGGCUGCGCGAUAGUCAACACACCUGGCGUUUACACUAGAGUUCCCUCUUACGUUACCUGGAUUGAAAAUAUCGUCUGGCCGUAAAAAUAAUAAUUGCGACUUUUGUAAAAAAAUGUACAAAUUAUUUUAUGUUAAAUUCAAUACAAUCGACUACGUCAAAUCUCACAAUUAGCUGUCCAGUAAUUCUGUUAAAAUUAGUUGAGGCCUACAGAGAUUUUGACAUUUAAAAUGUUGGUCUAAUUGUCAUUUCUCUACGCCGUAACUAGUUAGUCAAUCGAAGAUGAGCAGCGUCCGUUUAAGACGUCGCCUGACGCAUGAUUUCUAUUUUUUAUUAUGACAUUAUGAAAUGACCACAGAUCUCAUGUUCUCAUAUGUGAACGUUUAGCGAUUAAAUUGAAUAUUUAUAUCAAGAAUUAGCAAUUAGAAGAAAUUUUUUAAAUGUCAA